AUGGAUAUAAAUUUGAGUAGUCGGCAAACGGCUGAAUACAUUAAGCCGUGCAACCGAACGGAUCCCAAAAUCGAAGACUGCAUUCGUUCAUCCUUCAACCAUUUAAGGCCGUACCUCCAAAAAGGUAUUCCCGAGCUCCAGCUGCCCCCUCUGGAGCCCAUGCGCGUGGACAACCUGGCCAUGGAGAACGGCAACGGCGCCGUGCGAGUGCGCGCCGUCUUCUCCGACGUCGACGUGCGCGGCGCCUCCAACUACACCGUCGAGGGCGUCAAGGCGGACGUGUCGGCGUACCGCAUCGAGAUGACGCUGGGCCUGCCGCGCAUCGAGACCGCCGGCCGGUACGAGGUGUCGGGCAACGUGCUGCUCUUCCCGGUGCGCAGCCGCGGCGACUUCUGGGCCGCCUUCCACAACGUGACGGCGGUGGCGCGCAUCCAGGGCCGCGAGAUCGUCAACAACGGCACCAACGUCAUGAAGGUGGAGCGCCUCACCGUCGACUUCACGCUGGGCAAGGCGCGCUUCCGCGUCAGGGACCAGCUCAACGCCAACAACGUGCUCGCGACGCUGAGCAUCGGGCGCCACUUCAAGUCCUUCCUCAACGGCGCCUUCACGCAGGUGCCCAUCACCGUCUGGCUGUGGGACUGA